CAAAAGGCACAUGCCUUGCGCUCUGUUCACUACUCCAGCUCCACCAAGAUUGCCUUGGCCUGCACUGAAAGGUUCUGGGAAAGAGAUGGGAUUCAUGGUGGGCAGUCAAUCACGGAUCAUCCCUCCAGGUUCAUCUACUACCCCAACCACAACUUCUCCAGUGGUGUGGGUGUGAUCCUGGCUUCCUAUACUUGGAACGAUGAUGCUGACUUCUUCGUUCCUCUCAGUGAUGAGAAGUGCAUUGACGUAGUGCUAGACGACCUUGCAGAAGUACACGGCAUACCCAAGGACCACAUCCAGUACGUCUGUGAUAAGCAUGUGAUAAAAAGGUGGAACUUGGACAAACAUUCCAUGGGGGCGUUCGCCUUCUUCACCCCGUACCAGUUUAUGGACUAUUCCAAGGCCCUGUUU